GGUAAUUAAACGGAGUAAAGUUGGACUUUGUCAAUUUAUCAGCCGCUCACUUGGUGCAUCUUUGUUAUAAGAUUAGUCGCCUAUUUUAUCUGUAGAUAUAACAGUUAUCUUUUGUUCACAAUAAAACCGCGCGUACCUCCAGCGAAUUUCAAUUUCAUUGUGCCGCGAGAGUUCCGGAUCGCCAAGCGUCUUCUACUUGAGGUAUAGUAAUAAUUAUUUUACCAAAAUGCCUAGAAAAGUUUAUGUUGUUGGCGUCGGAAUGACGAACUUCAUCAAGCCGUCGACUGGAGGCGACUAUCCCGAUUUCGGCAAGGAGGCUGUGCUGGCCGCACUGGCCGACGCGCGGAUCAAAUACGACGACGUACAGCAAGCCAUCUGCGGCUAUGUGUUCGGGGACUCUACCUGCGGCCAGCGCGUGCUGUACCAGGUGGGCAUGACCGGCAUCCCCAUCUACAACGUGAACAACAACUGCUCCACCGGCUCCAACGCCCUGUUCCUCGGCAAACAACUUAUCGAGGGCGGCAUUUGUGACGUCGCGCUGGCUGUAGGUUUUGAGAAAAUGGCGCCCGGAGCGCUCAGCGCCGGACACUUCGACGAUAGAACUAACCCCCUAGACAGACACACUCUCAAAAUGGGAGACAUCACUGAAUUAACCGGAGCCCCGAUCACUGCCCAAUACUUUGGUAACGCGGCUAUUGAACACAUGAAGAAAUACGGCACGACAGAGGUGCACCUUGCCAAGAUCGCUGCUAAAAAUCACCGUCACGGCUGCAAGAACCCUCGCGCUCAAAGCAAGAGGGAGUACACAGUUGAGGAGAUCUUAAACUCCAGAAAGAUUUACGGUCCUCUCACUAAGCUUGAGUGCUGCCCAACUAGUGACGGAGCUGGUGCCGCAGUACUCAUGUCAGAGGAGGCUGUCAAACGCUAUGGACUACAAGACAAAGCUGUAGAGAUCAUUGGUAUGGAGAUGGCGACAGACACACCAGCUGUUUUCCAAGAAAACAGUCUCAUGAAGGUUGCGGGUUAUGAUAUGGCGGCUCUUGCUGCUAAACGGAUUUACCAAAAGACUGGUGUCAACCCUAUGCAAGUAGAUGUGGUAGAGCUCCAUGAUUGCUUUGCUGCGAAUGAGAUGAUUACUUAUGAAGGCCUCCAACUCUGUGGUGAGGGACAGGCCGGCAAGUUCAUUGAUGCAGGAGACAAUACGUACGGAGGCAGGGUUGUGGUUAAUCCGAGUGGUGGUCUGAUUGCGAAGGGGCACCCUCUGGGAGCGACUGGGCUGGCGCAGUGCGCCGAGCUCGUGUGGCAGCUGAGAGGCGAGGCUGGGAACAGACAGGUGCCGCGCGCGAGAAUAGCUCUGCAACACAACCUGGGCCUGGGCGGAGCCGUAGUCAUCACGAUGUACAGGAAAGGAUUCACCAAUGUCAGCCCAAACAACGUGGCCGCCAUCGCCAGCAGCCCCGAGGAGUUCAAAGUGUACAAAUACAUGAAGAUCCUCGAGGAGGCGAUGCAGACCGACGAGGACAAUCUCAUCGAGAAGGUGCGCGGCAUCUACGGGUUCAAGGUCAGGAAUGGACCCAACGGUGCUGAGGGUUACUGGGUCAUUAAUGCCAAGGAAGGCAAAGGGAAAGUCACCUACAAUGGCAGCGAGAAACCCGACGUCACUUUCACAGUGAGCGAUGAAGAUGUCGCUGAUCUGAUCUCCGGCAAGCUGAACCCGCAGAAGGCGUUCUUCCAGGGCAAGAUCAAGAUCCAGGGUAACAUGGGCCUGGCGAUGAAGCUCACGGACCUGCAGAGACAAGCCGCUGGCAGGAUUGACACCAUCCGCUCCAAACUGUAGACUCCAAACCGGUUGCGAACUGGUUGUAAUGUAAUUUGGUUACGGAACGCGGUGUGGGCAUCUUUAUACUUAAUCGCACAUGAAAUAGUUACAUCGGCAACCUGUUGGUGUUUUUAUAAUGUAAAAAUAAAACAAGGUCACACACGUUUGGGAGUGGACGUGCAAAAAGUGUUUUGUAUGUAAGUGUAAAUCGUUUUAUAUUGUAUAAUAUAUUUAUGUAAUCAUUCCAAAUGUUUAUUCAUAUUUGUUAAUAAAAUAUUUUUAUAUCAA